UUAUGAGUCACAAACGCCUCCAAAGGCCUGGCUCCUCCUCCUUCAAAUGAAAAGUAUAAAAGAAUUUCCAAGAACCGCUUCACCUCAUUGUCUGCCUAAGGUACCGAGAACUCCACCAUGUUUGAACAAGUAAAUAAAGCCGCACCAGAAAAUACCGUACCGGAGUAUCAGCGGACAUGUCGUCUGGACAUCAACAACCCGCAGCAUGUCCUGUAUGUUGUUGGCACUUCUUUGGAUGUGAGCAUCUACAGGAGUGCCCCUCCCGGCUCAAAAUCCUUUUCUGUAAAAUGCACUUCCCAGGUUAAUUACAGCUUUAGCCCACCGACUCUGGAAACAUCCCAUCACUCUCACAUUCCUCUUGACAACAACACCACUCUUCUCAUCAGCAUGGACCGUGCUAGUGAAUUUGAAAAUGAUUCCAAGCUGUCUGUGCGCUACUACAACGAGAACAAAAACGCUAUAGGAGUAGCAGUUCUGCACCUAACAGGUGUUGAGAUUUUUCUGGAUGUGGAUGCUGACAGAGAUGGUAUUGUGGAGGAAAACAACCCCAAUAAGGGAUCAUGGAAGUGGGGUCCUGAUGGGUAUGGAGCUAUCCUUUUGGUCAACUGUGACUCAGAGUCAACCAGAUCAAAAAGGCCAGACCUCUUACGGAGCCGCAUCUCAAAUAUGUCAGAUCUUAAGGACAUGUCACCCAUGAAGCUGCGAACCAGAGGUCCUUCUCAUCUCCCAGAGGGCUACAAACUGAUGAUGCACAUCUGUCUAGGAGAUUCAGAGAAAAUCCGUGUCUUUAGAUCCAUAUCUAGCGACAAAAGAGGAAACAGCAGCACUGUGAAAAACCUUCCACUAGUUCUGGGCCCUAAGGUCCUUUCUCAGGAGGUGCCUUACCCUGGAGACAACGCAGAGAUGGAUUUCCAUGUGGAAGGCCUGGAGUUUCCUGACGCAGACUUUGAUGGACUCGUCACCAUUAAUCUCAGUCUGCUAAAGCCACUUAGUGAUGGGCUUCCUGAGACCCCCAUUUUCACAGACACAGUGAUAUUCAGAGUGGCCCCAUGGAUCAUGACACCCAACACCCUCCAACCUGAGGAGGUGUUUGUCUGCCGCACAACUGAUAACCACCAGUUCCUGAAAGAGAUUAAAACCCUCGUUGCAAAGAGCGGCUUCAAGCUGAUGAUUUGCAACCCUGUCAUGAACAGAGGAGACCGCUGGAUCCAAGAUGAAAUGGAGUUUGGAUACAUUGAUUCCCCUCAUCAUCGGUUUCCUGUUGUUCUGGACUCCCCAAGAGACAGGGAACUCAAAAACUUUCCAUGUAAAGUACUGCUGGGCCCUGACUUUGGCUAUGUGACACGGGAACCUCAAAGUGAAGAAGUGGGUGAUCUGGACUCGUUUGGUAAUCUGGAGGUGAGCCCUCCUGUCACUGUGAACGGGAAAAAUUACCCUCUGGGCAGAAUCAUCAUCGGGGUCGCUUUCCCUACGGCUAAAUAUGGACGAAACAUGACCAAAGUGGUUCAGGACUUCCUGUGGGCUCAGAGGGUCCAAAAGCCAAUCGCCUUGUUUUCUGACUGGCUUGUUGUUGGACAUGUAGAUGAGUUCAUGACUUUUGUACCUGCACCUGACAGAAAGGGCUUCCGACUGCUGCUGGCGAGCCCAGAUGCAGGCUACAAAUUAUUCAGAGAAUUAAAGAACAACGGACACGGACAAGCCAGGAUGUUUGAUGUGUUCCCAAAAGAAAAACAAACAACAGUGGAUGAACUCCUUGGUAAUCGUUUUUUGCAAAAUCAAAAUAACUACAUCCAGAGCUGCAUUGACUGGAACAGAGAUGUCCUAAAGAAGGAGCUGGGCCUGGAUGAUGAAGACAUCAUUGAACUGCCAAUACUCUUCAAGUUGGACAAGAAACAUGAGUGGAGAGCAGAGGCGUUGUAUCCUGACAUGGUCAACAUGAUUGUUCUGGGGAAAAACCUGGGCAUCCCCAAACCGUUCGGCCCUAAAGUGAACGGACGCUGCGCCCUGGAGGCAGAGAUGUGCUCUCUGAUGGGGGGCCUGGGCCUCACCUGCACGUUCAUUGACGACUACUACUCUUACCACAAACUUCAUGGAGAGGUGCACUGCGGCUCCAACGUCCGCAGGAAACCCUUUGACUUCCAGUGGUGGAAUAUGGAGAUUUGAAAAAUGAAAAGGAAAAAUGUUAUUCUUAGUUGUAUUAGUCACCUAAUUCACCAAAAUAUCAUAUUUCCUCACAAAAAAUUAUAAUUUUGCACUAAACAUUUUUUAAAUUGAUUAUGCCAAAAAAAAAAACAUUUUUUAAACUUUCAAAUAAAAGUUUUAUCUUUAGCAGUUUCUAAAAACAUUUACAUCUUUUUAAAUUCUAAUAGGAUUUAAGAACCUUGAUUAAGGAAGCUCAAAUAUUUAAGGAAAAGUAGCCUACAACAGAAAGAGGGAUUUUUAAGUCUAGUUUAACUGUUUUGUUUCAUAAUCAUUGGACCAUCGGCUGGAUGGCUCCAGUAUAGGACUGGCACUCUGGAAACCAGGAUUCCUUUCUCAGGGGUGCAAUUAAUCCUAUGUGGGUCUUUAUGCAAGAUCCUUCACACUACUACCUAAGUACCAUUCUGGAACUCCUUGUGCCAGUCCACAGUCUGGACAAAAUACAAGGCUGUGUAAGGAAGAACAUUCAGUGUAAAACUUUUUGCCAAACUACUGACGGAUGUGCUUGAAAGGUCAACAGCUAUAUCUGUAAAUGACAUGUUUCAAGAUAAAUGUUAAAAGGUUAAGUGUUGAUUUACAGUACUAUGCUAAUUGUACUACAUAUUUUGCAUUGUUAACAAUCAAAAAAAUAUGAUUGUUGUUCGUUUACAUUACGUUUUGGAAGAGAUAGUUUUCUCAAUGUCACAAUUUCUUAUUUUUUGUUUGAAACAAGAAAUUACUACAUUGAAAAUACAGUUUUGUACCAUAAUGUUACUUUGCCACUAUUGAGAUUCUAGUUUUAAGUGUUUUUACUCAAUAGGUAAUAAAAUCUUAGUAACAAGCUUUAAUACUUUAUCGAGAUAAUUAAGUACCAUAAGUCUUAAAAUAAAAAAAAAUCUCUAGGAUAAAAGCUACUAAGUAAGAAUAUUGAUCCUACUGUUAAAAAAUAAGCAUGUAUACACUUAUUUGAAUACAUUUGAUCUAACUUAGAUAAUAUUGCAGUGUAUGAUCAUUUCACAAGAAAUAAUCUUCCAGUGAUCCCAUCUUGGUGUGUACGUUUUUUAAUUAAAUAUUUUACUGACAUUAUAUACAAAAAAGAUGAAAAGAAAUAUUUACAAACAUCUCUAAAACAAAGGGCCAAAACAAACAGUUGACAAAAAAACAGAAAUACAAUCAUUUGGAUUGAGCAUAAAGAAGAUUUGUUCUGGGCUGUACAUAAAGACUGGUUCCACAGCGAUGUGCAGUAACAACAAAGAGCCACAAGAUGGCAGACUUUCUUCACUUAAUCUUCUGGAUGUCACAACUGGAAAGCUUAAAAAGAUGUUGAAAUGAUAAAUGCGUGCAAUUAUAGGUCAUUUCUUGUCAUAAAUAGCUUAGCAAUGGGAUUUUCACAAUAUACUGUAGGUUCUACAGUUCUGUUAUCAUAAACUCACAAAUAAAAAGUAUUUGUUCAAGCAAAAUAAAUAAAAUAUAUAUUUUUGUGGUUUUCAUAAACCAAAAACAAAGCCACACAUACAAAAAAAAAAAGUUUGUAAAAAUGAUUUCUUUAUACAUAAAAGAUUUACUUUGAUGAAGGAAAGACAAAUCUAUUUCUGCUUAGUUUUACAUUCAGCCAUCCAGCAGCACACUGCAUUUUAAAUGACUUUCAAUCAAAGCAGCUUUUUGUGACAAGAUCAAAAAGGCAACUGCAGAGCAAGUCACAGUGUAUUUCAUUUCUCGAGCAACCUAUUAGGUUCUUUGAAAAGGUCAGCAUUUGGGAACAACGCUGGGAAUUUAGUGCUUUCUCAUACAUAUAUACUUUACUAAAAAAAGUACAUUUGUCUCUCUGCAAAAUGUGCUCUGCAUCUGGAGAUGGAAGCUAGUUUUUUGGUGAAACACGAAUCACAGGGACACCGAGCGUUUCACCGAUGUGCAGAGAGGGAUUUUGGCAAGCAGAUUCACACCAUGCACAGGACCUAUGCUUACACACCUGUACAAAGACAUCAACAGGUGGGAAUAACAACAAGCGUCUGAAGACAUGUCUAAACAGCACUACCGUGUCGGCAGGAUUUAGGUUACAUGUUGCUGGUUUUCCACUUUUGAUUAUCCUUUUUUUCUCUGCCAGUUUUUAUUGGUUUACUUUCCUCUUCACCUGCACACGACAAAGGUGAACACCUUUCAUAUCUACACCUGUAACAGCCUUUGCUGAAAGCAUGACAAACAUCGUUAGAAAACACAACAAAUAUCCACUGCAAAAUACCCAGAAAAUAAUCAUCAAGAGAACACAGAGAAUGACCCGACUGAAAGCCACACCGGAUACGCCAAAGUUCAAACUGUACAAUGUCACAGUGGGAUGUGGAUUUGACGUACAAAAUAAGAAAAAAAAAUGUAUUGCAACUCCAUUAAAAGCUUGAUAAAAUUCAAAUUUCUAUUGAAGUCCCGGUGUCCUGAUGGUAAUGGGAGGACAGUGCGAUUGAGAACACCUGUUGAGAAUCAACUUUCAGAGCAGAUUUCUGCACUGAGACAGCAGACCAACGAUGGUCUGAUUACUGCAAGAGUCUGGAGCGCGCUGAGCGCUCAGAGGGUCCACUUACAGGAUAGAAUUGGUUACUAAUGACGAUGGAGGUGUUGGCCGUCAUAAGCAGCAAACCAGUACCAAAAAUACAAUAGAGCGGUGGUAGACUUCACAUGCCUUCCUUGGCUUGAUCUUUGGCAGAUGAUGCCGCGAGUGAAGAUGC